AUGGUGCACCCGCCAUUGGUUGAUCAUGAAUUGAUUGACAUUUUCAUGGGUACCUUACAGGGCCAAUAUUAUGAAAGGUUGAGUAGUAGUGUGUCCACAGGAUUUUCUGACAUGGUGAUCAUGGGAGAAAGAGUAGAAGAAGGACUGAAGAGUGGUAAAAUCCAGGGAGGUUCCAGCAGCCAACCAAUCUUGAAGAAGCCUUUCAAUGAAUUCAAGAGGAAGGAGGGUGAUACUACUGCCAUUUCUUCUCAAAGGAGGAGGGCACCAUCCAGGGCUCCUGUUUCUGUGCCUUAUUAUCAGUACCCUUACGUAGCAUCUGCUAAAUAUUUAACCAUGUGUUAUCGUCCAGUUUCUCCUGUUCAUAUUCCAGCUCCGGUACCUCAGUAUCAAGUUCUAGUUCCUCAAUAUCAAGCUCCACAACCUCAGUUCCAGGCUCCUCUACCACAACAUCAACAAAGAAAUCAACAGAAUAAUCAACCGCGUCCAAUUCAGCAGCAACGACCAAACCAACAAAGGUCGUAUCAACAAUACAAUAAUGCAAAUACCACUCAUAUCCCAAUGACUUACACUCAAUUGCUACCGUAUCUAAUUCAAAAUAGGACUGUCGUGCCUAUGGCGUUACCUCCAAUGUCGAAGCCUCAUAAGCCUUGGUAUGAUGAGAAUGCUAGAUGUGCCUUUCAUGCUAAUUCAGAGGGUCAUACAACAAAGAAUUGCAAAGUGUUCAAGCUCCGGGUCCAAGAGUUGAUAGAUAAGAAAAUAUCAUCUUUUGUUGAUGUUCCAAAUGUGGGGAACAAUCCUUUGCCUAAACAUGAUGGUUCAGGUGUCAAUGAUAUAAAAAGUUCAACUGGUGAUGGAUUGAUAAAGGAUGUGCUCAAGUUGAAGACUCUUUUAACAGUGGUCCAUGCUAGAUUGAUGGAACCAGAAUUGAUGAAGGGAGUACAUGAUAAUUGUGUGGUGUGUUUAUCCAACCCUGGUCAGUGUGGUGAAUUCAAAAUUUAUCUUCAACGUUUAAUGGAUCAACGGUUUAUUCAGUUCACCAGAGCAAAGAUUGAUGAAGAUGCUGUUGUGGUUAUGCCUGUGUUUGAUCAAGAGAGGCUUCCCAGGCCUUUUGUGGUCCCUUAUCAAAGAAAUGUUGACCUAGAGCCAGCAAAGAAGAUUGAGCCCAUGGUUAUCUAUGUUCUCGCUCCAUUCUCAUUUGAUAGUACCAACGCAGUUCCUUGGAACUAUGAGCCUAUAGUUUAUGUGGGUAACAAACCAGUCAUCUUGAAAGAGCCAAAUGUGACUGAUAUCACUGGAGAUAGUGGUGUGACUCGAGGUGGAAGGGUUUUUGCUCCUGAAGUGAUCCCAAGCAAAGAAAGUGAAUCAACAGUUGAACCAACAAAGGGGAAAGAGGUUAAUCCUCCAGAAAUAGGAGAAGGCUCAUCUAAGAAAGCAGUGACUGCUGAAGAGGAUAGAGAAUUACUAAGGAUCAUCAAGAAGAGUGAUUACAAGACUUCUCUAUUGAAGUUCUUGAACGAAGCUUAUGUGGCAGAAGACAUCAAUGUUAUUCAGUUUGAUGAUGUGGUUGCUAACCUCAAUGCCAGUAGUUGUUUAAUGUUCACUGAUGAUAAUUUACCCCCUAAUAGGAGAGAACAUAAUAUGGCGCUUCAUAUCUCCAUUCAGUGUACAGAUGUUACUUUGGCUCGAGUACUGGUAAUGGAUAUUAGGCAUUCUUAUAUUUGUCUGUUAGGUAGACCUUGGAUCCAUGCUGCUGGAGCUAUCAGCUCGACACUCCACCAGAAGCUGAAGUUUGUUACUUCUGGUAAGCUGGUAUCAGUAUCAAGAGAGGAAGAUAUUUUCGUCAGCCAUCUGACUUCAUUAAGAUACAUUGAAGUAGGUGAAGACAUUGUUGAAACUCCUCUCCAGGCCCUUGAAGUGGUCAACAUGGUCCAGACUAAGUCGAAGCCUGUUGAAGAACCCAAGGGGGUCAUGUCCUCGUGGAAGAGUGUGAAAGCUGCAAUUGAAGCUGGGUGCCCUGGAAGUUGGGGCACAAUGAUUGAUUUACCAGAGAAGAAAGACAAGGGUGGAUUGGGAUAUCAGUCGUCUAUUGAACUGUUCAAAGAUCAGAAGAUACAUCAUGGGAAGGUUCCUAGCAUCCAAGAAAUAAUCUCCAAAGUUGGUUUUCGAAGUGAUGAUCAAGUGAAUGCUCUUGAAGAUAAAGAUCCAUAUUUGUCUAAGAUGGUGUUUUAUUGA